GGUGACAGUCAGCUUCAGAGCAAGCGCGACCGCUACAUCUUCAAUUUAGGGGAUAAAACUAACCUUCUUCUUCCUUUUACACAACGGGAGCUGCACUUAUUUAGGUCUUUAAUGGCAGCUUAACCAGCCUGCUGUGUGAGGGGAAGGAUAAUGCAGAUAAACAGUUUGUUUAUCAGGUGUAACCGUCUCUGGUGAAGACAACCGGCUACAACUUCUUUGAUUCAUCCCUGAGAUCAAGAACUACAAACUGGGCUGAAAUGGAUGAACAAAGUGUUGAGAGUAUCGCCGAAGUGUUUCGCUGCUUCAUCUGCAUGGAGAAACUGAGGGACGCUCGUCUCUGCCCUCACUGCUCCAAGCUCUGCUGCUUCAGCUGCAUACGACGGUGGCUGACGGAGCAGAGAGCUCAGUGUCCACACUGCCGGGCUCCGCUCCAGCUGAGGGAGCUGGUCAACUGUCGCUGGGCGGAGGAGGUCACCCAGCAGCUGGACACCCUGCAGCUCUGCAGCCUCACCAAGCACGAGGACAACGACAAGGACAAAUGUGAGAACCACCAUGAGAAGCUGAGUGUUUUCUGUUGGACCUGUAAGAAAUGCAUCUGUCACCAGUGUGCUCUGUGGGGAGGCAUGCACGGCGGCCACACCUUCAAGCCUCUGGUGGAGAUCUACGAGCAGCAUGUGACCAAAGUGAAGGAGGAGGUCGCCAAGCUCCGCCGCCGCCUCAUGGAGCUCAUCAGUCUGGUGCAGGAAGUGGAGAGGAACGUGGAGGCUGUCAGGGGAGCGAAGGACGAGCGGGUCAGAGAGAUCCGAAACGCCGUGGAGAUGAUGAUCGCUCGUCUGGACAACCAGCUGAAGAACAAACUCAUCACCCUCAUGGGCCAGAAGACGUCCUUGACCCAGGAGACGGAGCUGCUGGAGUCUCUCCUGCAGGAGGUGGAGCACCAGCUUCACUCCUGCAGUAAGAGUGAGCUGAUCUCCAAGAGUCCAGAGAUCCUCCUCAUGUUCCAGCAGGUCCAUCGUAAACCCAUGCAGUCCUUCGUCACCACGCCGGUCCCUCCGGACUUCACCAGUGAGCUGGUUCCUGCCUACGACUCCAGCACUUUUGUUCUGGUCAACUUCAGCACCCUGAGGCAGCGGGCUGACCCGGUCUACAGCCCUCCUCUACAGAUAUCUGGGCUCUGCUGGAGGCUCAAAGUCUAUCCUGAUGGUAACGGUGUGGUCCGUGGAAACUACCUGUCCGUGUUCUUGGAACUGUCUGCUGGACUCCCUGAAACGUCAAAGUACGAGUACCGUGUCGAGAUGGUCCAUCAGGCCUCCAGUGACCCGACCAAGAACAUCAUUCGGGAGUUUGCCUCCGACUUCGAGGUCGGUGAAUGCUGGGGCUACAACCGCUUCUUCAGACUGGACCUUCUGGCCAGUGAGGGCUACCUGAACAUGCAGACGGACACUCUGGUCCUCCGCUACCAGGUUCGCUCUCCCACCUUCUUCCAGAAGUGCAGAGAUCAAUACUGGUACAUCAGCCAGCUGGAGUCGGCCCAGAGCGGCUACAUCCAGCAGAUCAACAACCUCAAAGAGAGGUUGGCCAUCGAGCUGUUUCGCCGUCAGACGUCUCGGAGCUCCUCUCCCCCCGACAUGAGGCUCUCUGCUGGAACCACCGCCUCCGAGAGAGACCCCCGCUCUGUGAAGAGCAACGACGACAUCCAGACCGCUUUGGCCAACGCUAAAAAAGGCCAAGAAGAAGAAGAGAGGACGCAGCAAGAUGACUCUAAUGAGCUGUCUGACGGAGACUUGGAGGUGGACUGUCUGACGGAGGAGGAGGUGAACCCGCUGGAUGGCAGCAGCACCUCGGGGAGCUCCACGGCGACCAGCAACACGGAGGAGAACGACAUCGACGAGGAGACCAUGUCUGGAGAGAAUGAUGUGGACUUCAUUGGGAACCUGGAGACAGAAGAAGGAGAGCUGCCCGAUGACUUGGCUGGAGCAGCAGGAGGAUCCAGCUCCACCCUGCGUUCGUUGCAUCGCAGUGCUGCUGCCGCCGCUCGUGGCAGCGGGGCGGCGGCGUGCGGCGCCGUUGGUCCGGGAAGCGGAACCAGCAGCCUCCUGGAGAUCGACCCGGUCAUCCUCAUCCAGCUGCUGGACCUGAAGGAGCGCCGCAGCGUGGAGUCUCUGUGGGGCCUCCAGCCUCGGCCUCCUGUGUCUCUGCUGCACAGCCAAGCUCAUCCUCACUCCAGGAAGGAUCGAGAGCGGCGGCCUCAGGCGGUGCGGCGCUCGGCUCCGGACUCGGGGGUCCUGAUCCGCCUCAAGGCUCAGAUGGCCGAGGUCCGCAGCAAGAUGUCCGACGCCAAGAGUCAAGUGCUGGAGGCUCGGGGGGCCGGAGAGCCGAGGCCCGGCCCGUCGGGGGGGUUCUGUGUGGAGGAGGUCCCCUCCCAACACGAUGACUCAGAGAUGUCGGCCUGUCGUAAGCCGGGUGAGCUGGACCUGCUGGGGAGAGCAGCUGCUGCUCGGUCCAGACCCUGUCGCCCUGCAGCCAGGAAAUCUCUGUCUCCCGUCCUGGACAGCAGCAGCUCUCUGGUGAUGAAGAGGAGGAGUCCAGAGGAGAUGGAGAAGGACCUGAGAGGAGCAGACGUGUCCUCAGAGCUCAGCCUGCAUCUCAAAGACGGGCUGGGAGCUGCAGAGGGAGUGCUGAAGUCGGACGGCUCCCAGGGGCCCCUCGUGUCUCUGGGUGGCUCCUCAUCAGAGCAGCAGGCCUCCACCUCCACCUCCAAGCAGCAGCAGCAGCAGCAGCAGUACUCGGUGGAGCAGCAGCUGUUCGGGGCCUCGGGACCCCGGGACGACAUUUUCACCCUGGGGGGGCCGAGCUACAUGACCGGCGGCAAGAGCUGUGGCAGCAGGACCCUCGGGGCGGCCAUGUUGGAGUGUGAGUCUGAGAGCUCGGUGAACUCCCAUCAUUCCCUCCUGGACGGACCCCCUGCUGUGUCGCUGUCACAUGAAGGUCUGCUAUCCGUCGACGUCUGUCCUGGUGGAAGCAACAAGCAGCGACAGCGACACCGAGGACGAAGCUCUGCAGAGCAACAACUCUCGCUACGACAACCAGACUCCUCCCUGCACAGGAGAGCAGAUUCUGUCUGAUGACAUGAGUCUUCAUGCUGACAGGUGAUUCCAUGUGAGAAAAAACAAAAACACACUGCUGCCCGGAGACGACACACACACACACACACACACACACACACACACACACACACACACACACACACACACACACACACACACUUAUGUUACAAAAAUCUGUAGAGUAGAAACUGUUUAUGAUGCAUGAAGUCAGAAUUGAAGGCGAUGCAACGACUCAACCUGCUUUUCUUGUUCUCCUUAACAUUUUUCAGAAUUUCAUGACAGAAGAGAUAAUGAAGGCCAGUAAUUCAGGUGUGAAUAUAUACAAGUGUGAAUAUAGUGAAACUGGCCUUUUAAGAGGACCAACGUUGAAAUAUUUUCUCCUCCCUUCUUGACGUUGCAUUAUUUUUAUAAUAAGGGAUGAACGUUACUGUCAGUCCUUUCAUGGCCAGUUAAGUAAAAAAAAAAAAAAAAUAGCUGUAAAAACUGGAUCUCUUCAACUCUUAUUCUGCAAACAUAAACCACUACAUUUCACCUUUAAUCAGCACUAAUCUGCACACGUUCUCAGCAUAAGUAUGCUUUUGUAAAUGAAGUAAGUCUACAGCAUAUUGGUAAGAGUCUUGAGAUAAACUGUAUAAACUCUGAGUGUUUUAUGACGGCUUGCUCUUAAUGUUUAGUUCAGACAGUCUGGGCUCCACACCUCCUCCACAUCCUCCACUUCCUCGUCUCUGCAACAAUCAGCGUCUUCUUUUUCUCUCUUCAAACAUUCAGUUUAAGUGACACUGCAGCUUUUUUUUUUACUUCCUACCUUGUUUAACAGCUUGUUCUUGGUAAUUUAUGUAAAUGCCUUCUCUCUUAAUAACAGCUCGUCUUGUUUUUCUGUGACAUUUGAAAGGGUUAAACGAUCACUGAUUCACGCGUCUUAUGAAACUCCUGAAGUCUGUGGGUUUAAACUUCAGAUGUGUCUCUGUUACAAUCGGGUGUUUAUUUUAAGCUUUGACAUCUGCUCGGACUUCACUGACCCAAAUGUGACAAACUGAUAGCUUCCACCCGUAAAGGGCUGCAUCACAGUUUGACAUUUUCUGGGAAAUCUCACUGUCUGUGGCAGAGUUAGACGAGAAGAUCAAAACCUCUCUGAUUGUUUGUUCAGUAAAUAUGAAGCUGCUUAGCUUAGCUUAGCAUAAAGACGGGGAUGCAGCUAGCUGGGCCCAAAAAAUCCACAUCUGCUCCUUUUCUCAGUGUGUUGACACGGAGGUUUAGACUGUGAUUCAAACUGUACCCCCUCUUAAAGGGACAGUUCACCCCAAAAUCAAAAAACACAAAGUUUUCCUCUUACUUUUUUAAAAUCUAGAUUGUUUCUGAUUCCAGAAAUCAUGACCUGGUUAUUCAAGAUAAUCAGACCUUUCACGCAGAAACUUUUGGUUCUUACAUUUGAAAAACUCAACAACAAUAUAACUUUCCAUAAAAUCAAAAAAUAGACAUUCCCAUUGAGUUUUUCAAAUAUAUUUUUGUUGCAUUAUAUUGGCGAGAAGGCAGACAUCUCUACAAAACUAGACAACUCACACCAAAACAAUGUAGACUGAUAAAUAACACAACAGCUAAGAGGAACAAUAUGUGUUUAUGAUUUGGGGGUGAACUGUCACUUUAAGGUGGAAACGUUGCCAUAAGUUGCACCUCAGUCAAUGACGUCAACUCAAAUAAUCGCAAUAGAUCUUUUUUCACAGCAGACAUUUUGAGGAAAAAGCUCAAGUGUUACUAGAAACAUUAAUGAAGUCUUUGUGGUAUUAAAGUCUCCCAGUACGCCGUCACAUUGAGCCAGUAUGAACCAGUAUGAUCAAAGCCAGCAAGCUGAAACCGAAGCAGAUAAAUGGAACUAAUCUUUUAUUAAUGUCAUUAUUUUCACCAGUUCUUUUUCUACUGUGAGCUGUCGAAAUGUCUGCUGUGGAAAAUGACUGAUACCUGCUUUUGUGCUGCAAAAACAUCAUUUUAAAGGGCCGGUUCACCCAAAAUACUUCCAUUUAAAAAAAAAAAAAAAAAAAAAAAAAAUCCAUAGCAACAACAUCUUUGUCUUUCAAGAAAUAGUUUCCCUUUAAUCUGUCUUUUCAAUGAAAAGUACUCAGAAAAAACAGCAGCAUUGUUUCUGGAAAGAGAGUUUCUGAUGGUUUUUUAAAGUGUUGUUGAGGAGGCAGAAGAUUCAGAGACAGAUGUGCAGAAUUGAACUGUUUACUGUGAAGGAGUGUUAUGACCAUUGUUGGUAGAAAAACCAAACAAAGAUUACAGGCCUGUGAAGGGGUAACAUUUGUUUUUAAUCAGGAUUUAGUUGAUGGAUUAACAAGAAAAAACUUUGAUAUACUCUGAGAUUAAAAUGGUAAAUUUACGAGAUAAAAACGCUUUUUAUAAUAUGUUGAUCCAGGGAAAAAAUCCUAAAAAUUUCUGGCAAAUUUAUGACUUAAGUCUCAGACAAUUUCAUUUUUUUUUUAUGUACAUUUUUUGAUUAUUUCUUCUCAUAAAUUUGUGUUUUUUGCCACUUUAAUCUCAGAAAAUAUAUUUUUUUCCCUGUAAAUUUAGUUUUUUUUUUUAAUAUUACCCCCUUUUUUUACCUGCAAUGAUGGUAAUACUCCAUCGUGGUUUGCUCCUGGAGGUAAGAAGGAAAAUGUUUUUGUAAUUUUGGGUGAACAGACUCCGAGUAGAAACUCUGCUGCACUGAAGGCUUUUUCAUUUUAAGAGAACUUGACAGCAGAGGUUUAAAUAAUCUGUGUCAUUAUGUAACAUGUGCUUUGUGCUGCACUGACGUUUCACAGCUUCAGUGGCUUUUCUUUACGAAUUUAUUACUUUUCACCUCAAUACUCUCAGCAAACACACGUCAAAGGCUGCUGGGAAAUAAAUGGUGGAAGUUGAGCAGUUUUGAAAAACCUUUUCCUGACUUUGUGUGAAGUCGGCCUUUUUUCUUCUUCAUGUUAUUAUUUAGAAGGUCAGUAAAUCUUUGGAUCAAAUAAAUGACAUUAUUGUACACUUCUGUAGUCACUAGUUUAUGUUGUAAAUAUCUCACAGUAAAUCAGAAGUGGAGCUUUGCUGUUCACGUGCCUGAGCGUGCACGGCUUUAUGGACCGAAGGAGGACAGACGCUCUUAUUUGCACCAAGACGUGUCGAAUCAAACUUAAAUAAAAUCCCCUUUACAUGUUCUCUCACCGUUUACUAACUUCUUCACUUCUUUGUGCUUCUUGUGUAAAAAGUUGCUUUAUUUUUUAUUUUGAAUGUUCCCAGAAUGCACUGUGCAUUAUUUCAUGUGUAUAUUUCCUUAUUUAAGUAAAUAAAUAAAAUGUUUUACGUUCCGUAAAUGACCACAUUCUCAUUUAUUCUGUCUCCUUAAAAUGUGGAAUUUAGAUUUGAACAAAAAUGGGGUUUCUUUGGUCAGUUUGCCUUAAAGGAACAGUGUGUAGAAAUGGAAUAUAAUAUUUAUAAGUAUUUUUUUUUUUAUUUUGUGAAUAAUCACCUGAAAAUAAGAACUGUUGUGUUUAUUUCUACAUAUGGAGCAGAAUGUUUUUGUGGAAAAAACCUUGUGUGUUGUUCUCCUUUUUGAGUGUAUAUUGAGCUGAAAUAAUACAAGCAAUAAAGUUUUA